AUGGGUUGGCCAUCUUCUGCACCUGGGUAUCCUGAAGGAAGCUUUCGCGAUGAGGCCUCUUUCCGCUCCUCUCUUCGACUUUUCAGCUACACGACAAGACACCCAGGUACAGCUCAAGGUCUCUCCUGCGCAGUUUUGCUGGCGCUCUGGUUUUGCGCUUUAACUGGUACACCUCCGCAAGAAGGACACGGAUUGUCUGGUAUUCUCAUGCAGUCUUCUUCGAGCACUAGUUUUUCCUUCAACGGCACAGUGGACUGCCACCGGCUGCUACGAAGCCAGUGCGAUCGAGAGUUCUUCGUCACGGCGCAACGUGGUGACUCACAACGCGUCAGCAUCCUCCCAAUGCUGGCCCCGACGGGCAUUCCAGGGACUCCUUGCUAUGGGGCUAUCCUCUCUGGAGGGGGAGGCCUCUCGGGGGCCGCCGGGCCAGACUUGUCUACAAGACAAGGCGCAGAUUGGGACACUGGGGACUCAGGUUCAGCAGAGUUGGCCAACGUCUUCAGUUCCAGCACGGUGUCUACCUGGUACGGCUCCACGUCACAUCUGGGUACAGUCGUUAAGCGGACGCGCUUGCUGUGCUAUGGGUGUCGGGCUACGGCUACGGCCCUCCCAGGUAACCAGGAAGACGACGUCGAGGAAGAGGAAAAACCCUCCUCAAGCUCCUCGCGCACGGCCUACAGCAUGGAGAGGGCCAAGGGGAUGCCAGCGCCGACUGCCGAGGACCUCGGGGAGAAGGGGCAGGGCUGGGGUCCCUUCCUCGCGACCCGCGGCUUCCCGGAACUCCAAGUGCCCCUGGUUUGGGGAUGGUUCAAUCACAAGGCCAAGCACCACAAGGAAGCAUGGACUUGGUGCGCCAGCUGUGGAGUUUGGGUGGCCAGCGUGACGUGGAGCACAGAGAAGGACACGCACACGCUCAGUGACGAGGGAGCCUGUCCCCACUGGGCGAGACAGCGCCGCAGAUGCCUCUGA